CCAAACACAGAGACCAGGACCACACCGACCAACCGGUCUGUCUCCUUAAGAUGCUGGAAUAACGGCGAGAAACGAACAUCUUUCGAUUGUUGAUCGAGACCAGCUCACUUACUCACCAAAAUGUCUGGAAAAAUAGACAGUAAGCAAGAAUCCCAGCGCUCCCACUUGACGUCCUUUACGAUGAAACUAAAGGACAAAUUCCACUCUCCCAAAAUCAAGCGAACACCAUCAAACAAAAAGUCCAAACCACCACCAGAACAACCCGUGAAGUCCCCAGAGAAGACCGUGACCAAGACUCUGAGUCGAUUGGAGGAGCAUGAGAAAGAAGUGGUCAGCGCUUUGCGGUACUUCAAGAUAAUUAUUGACAAGAUGGCGGUGGACAAGAAGGUCUUGGAAAUGCUUCCUGGUUCUGCUAGCAAAGUUUUGGAGGCCAUCAUGGGCUUGGUGCAACUUGAUGGCAAGAUACUGGGCAGUUCGAGAGUGUCCUCCUGUCUCAGUCGACUCUAUCAAAGUCUUGCAAACCUCAUUCGCUGGUCGGACCAAGUGAUGCUGGAGGGGGUGAAUUUGGAAGAUAAAGAAACAGUUGCAACCGUCACCACUGUGAUCAAAGCAGUGCUGGAUGGUGUGAAGGAGCUGGUCAAAGUCGCCAUUGAGAAGCAGGAGCACCCCUCCCCUACGACACCUGUCAAAACCCUGCUUCCUGCCGCCAGUCCACAGCGUGUUCCAGAGCCCCCUGUCAUUGAGUCGAAGGAAACGGUCUUGAAUGAUACCCCUACCCCAGCCGAGGCCACAGAGACCCUAAAUGAUGUUCCUGAUGAGGAAGCGGCCCCUCCUAAACCCCCUCUACCUGGACUCAAAGUGCCUGAACAUUGUCCACCGGCUCUCCCCCCAAAGAAGCGUCAGUCGGCACCGUCUCCCACAAGGAUUGCCGUGGUUGCGCCAAUGAGUCGUACCACAAGUGGAUCAAGUCUUCCUAUUGGUAUCUGUCGACAGGAAUAUGAGGCAGAGGCCUUACAGAGGCGUUUUUCAGGAGGCAGUCACUCCUAUGGAGCGGAAUCUCCACGACUGUCCCCAUGUGGCAGCAUCGGCAUAUUGAGCAAAUCAGAUGAACAGCUGUCGUCUUUGGAGCAGGACAGUGGACAGUGCUCUCGUAACACCAGCUGUGAGACUCUAGACACAGCAGAGAGCUACGACCCCGACUACGACUUCCUGCAUCAGGACCUGUCUAGCAUCGACCAGAUCCCUCCCGCACACACGGGGGGUUGUCUGAGCCCACUCCCCGAGGCUCACAACGAAUCAUCCUCCUUCCCUGUUCAGCUUCAAUCAAUACCGCCCGCUCUCCCGAAGAAGGAACGGCGACCCCCUCCGCCUCAGGUGGAACGACUGUACUCUCAAUAUGACAAUGUUCCUGAUGAGGACAUGCAGACCCCACCGUUCCCCCUCUUUGCUUCGAUGCCACCCUCAAACCCUGGAGUAUUUAUGGGAAACUUUGGCCCCGCUGAGAACGCACAGAUCCCUCAGAGCCCUCCACCCCUGCCGGAGAAGAAGAGUCGCCAUAUACUGAAGUACAUGCAGUUUAUGGAGGACUAUUCUGAGCCACUGCCUUCCGUUUUCUACCAGACGCCACAGAGUGAAAGCAUUUACGAGCAGCGCAAUAGGAAGCGUUUUCAGGAAGUGUACGGUCUCAGCGACUCCUUCAGCAGCAGUGAUGAGACCCUCCCUCCGCCAGCACUGCCACCCAAACAGAGACAACUGGCUUCCUCACACUCUGCAUCUCCUUCCUCCUCCUCUUCCUCCUCUCUGUCGGGUCAGCUGCAGCAGUGUGCGUCCGGGCCUGGCCCUGGUGAGACAGAAAGUGCUCUCAGCCUUUCUGCAUCUAACUCCUGUCUGAACCACCAGGGCUCCCUGCCUGUCCCUACGGACUCUUCUUGUGGUGCUGAGGACUCACUGCAGGACUCGGCUUCAGAACACAGCAAAGAUCCGGCCGACAGAGAAGGCUGGAAGCAGAAGUGUGUGGAUUCAGAGUUGACCUCAGAAGAGGUGGAUGAGCUCUACCUGAUGGACCACGACGAGAUCAUGUCUCACUUAACACUAAAGCAAGAGAACGAUGACGGCCCUGACGUCAGAGCUGGAUCAGGCGAUAUUUUAUUGGUCCACGCCACCGAAACAGAUCGCAAAGAUCGAGUUUUAUACUGUGAAGCUUUUUUGACCACAUACCGAACGUUUCUAACCCCAGAGGACCUCAUUAAAAAGCUCCGCUAUAGAUAUACCAGAUUUUCUCUCAGCUCUGACAUUAUCAAACAACGAGCUAGUAAAAACACCUUCUUCGUGCUGGUGCGCGUCGUGGAUGAGCUUUGUUUGGUGGAGCUGACAGAAGACAUCCUGAAGCAGCUCAUGGAGCUUGUGUUCAAUCUGUUGUGUAAUGGUGAGCUCACCCUGGCCCGGGUUCUGCGCAAGAACAUCCUGGAUAAAGUCCAGCAGAAGAAGUUGCUGCAGUACACUAAUUCCCUCAAAACGCUGGCUGCACGAGGUGUGGCCGCCAGGCCUGGCACUCUGCAUGACUUCCGUAGUCAUGAGAUCGCAGACCAGCUGACUCUCCUCGAUGCAGAGCUGUUUUAUAAGAUAGAGAUCCCAGAGGUGUUACUUUGGGCAAAGGAACAGAAUGAGGAAAAGAGCCCCAAUCUGACCCAGUUCACAGAGCACUUCAACAACAUGUCAUACUGGGUUCGGUCCUUAAUAAUCCAGCAAGAGAAAGCCCAGGAUCGGGAAAAACUACUUCUAAAGUUUAUCAAAAUUAUGAAGCACUUAAGAAAACUCAAUAACUUCAACUCCUACUUGGCAAUAUUAUCAGCGUUGGAUUCAGCGCCUAUCAGAAGACUGGAAUGGCAGAAGCAAACGUCAGAGGGUUUGGAGGAAUAUUGCACUUUAAUUGACAGUUCCUCCUCCUUCCGGGCGUACAGAGGAGCUUUGGCGGAUGUGGAGCCUCCAUGUAUACCGUAUCUAGGCCUCAUUCUCCAGGACUUAACUUUUGUGCAUCUUGGGAAUCCUGACCUCAUCGAUAGAAAGAUAAACUUUUCCAAACGCUGGCAGCAGUUCAAUAUCCUGGACACUAUGAGGCGCUUCCAGCAAGUGCACUAUGACCUCAAACACAACGACGACAUUGUCUCUUUCUUCAACGACUUCAGUGACCAUCUAGCUGAGGAGGCAUUGUGGGAGCUCUCUUUGAAGAUCAAACCUCGCAACAUCACUCGCCGGAAAACAGAACGAGAGGAAAGGACGUAGCUCGCUCGGCUAGAACAACAAACUGCUUUUAAAAGCCACUCUCCUCUGACGUUGCAAGACACAGCGAUCACAAAUUACUGUAAUGGCAGCUACGAGACUGGAAACGAUACUGUAUUUCUGUUACAGUUUACUGAAUCUUUUUUUAGCAAAAAAAAAGGGUGAUUAGAUUUUAUUUUGUAAUUGCACUGCAUCUGAACCUGUGUGUAAAUUUGAAGUGGAACAGUGGCAAGCGCAAAGACAGAAAGCAUGACUCUGAUAUGUGAGAUUACGUGGUUUGAGAUCGUAACCUGGGAUUUACGGUGAUGUUCCGGGACCGUCUCGCCAUCUGGAUGUUUGCGGUGCAAUCUGGAAAAACAACUGCGACUCCAGCUGCAAACUGAUACCAUGAUGCCUCAGUGGGCAAUUUGGAUAUUGAAGUUCCUUGAAGACUGAUAUUUUUAUUUAUUUAUUUUGUAUGUAACAAAUGCACAUAAAGACUCUUUGGGUUUAGGGGGAUUGCUGUAAGCUUAGCUGCUGGAUUGAACAGCUUGAAGCGUGUAUGAUAAUAGGUCAUUAUGAGGACACACAGUCACUGUUAUUAAUAGCACUAUCAGGAUUUUGUUGCUUAUUCUGCAAGAUUAACACAGUAUUCGGCUUAAUUCAAAAGGCGCUUUUCUGGAUUUGAGUUUCAAAUUUUGUUACUAAAAUUCUUCAAACGAGUGGCAAUUU